AUGGUGCAAAACAAGAUCACCGAAGUCACUGGAUUUCAUCGCUCUUUCAAGGGCAAAAAUCCCUUUGAGUCAGAUGACUUUACUAAAAAUGGAUCCCACCUCAUUGAUUCAUUUAAUUUUGACCCCUCCCCAAGACAUGACAUGCCUUCCAGCCAGCCCAUAGACAUCCCUGAUGCCAAGAAGAGAAACAAGAAGAAGAAGCGUUGCCGAGCAACAGACAGUUUCUCUGGACGAUUUGAAGAUGUGUACAGACUACAAGAGGAAGUUUUAGGAGAAGGAGCUUAUGCCAGGGUUCAAACCUGUAUCAACCUCAUCACAAACAAGGAGUAUGCUGUCAAGAUCAUCGAGAAGAGACCGGGUCACAGCCGCAGCCGUGUCUUCCGUGAGGUUGAAAUGCUGUACCAGUGCCAGGGACACAGCAACAUCUUGGAGCUGGUGGAGUUUUUUGAGGAGGAAGACAAAUUCUACCUUGUGUUUGAGAAGCUUAGAGGAGGGUCCAUCUUGGCGCACAUUCACAAGAGGCAGCGCUUCAGUGAACAGGAAGCCAGUCUUGUCGUGCAGGACAUUGCAAGUGCUUUGGAUUUCCUACACAACAAGGGAAUGGCCCAUAGAGACCUGAAGCCUGAAAAUAUUCUCUGUGAGAGUGCAGACAAGAUUUCUCCAGUCAAAAUCUGUGACUUUGACUUGGGAAGUGGGAUCAAGUUGAACAGUGAUAGUUCCCCAAUCUCCACUCCGGAGCUUCUCACUCCGUGUGGCUCUGCUGAGUACAUGGCUCCAGAGGUGGUGGAGGCCUUCAAUGAGGAGGCCACAAUCUACGACAAGCGCUGUGACCUGUGGAGCCUGGGAGUCAUCCUGUACAUCAUGCUGAGCGGAUACCCUCCAUUUGUGGGUCGCUGUGGAGGCGACUGUGGCUGGGAGCUGGGGGAGCCCUGCCACACCUGCCAGAAUACUCUGUUUGAGAGCAUUCAGGAAGGAAAGUACGAGUUUCCUGAAAAAGACUGGGCUCACAUCUCCUCAAGUGCCAAAGACCUCAUUUCCAAACUUCUUGUUCGGGACGCCAAAAACCGCCUGAGUGCCAGCCAGGUGCUGCAGCACCCCUGGGUGCAGAGGGGUGCUUCUGAGAUUCUGCCAACCUCCAUCCUGCAUCAGAGAACCAGCAUUGCCAGGGACCUGACCUUCUUCGCGGGCAAAGCCAUGGCAGUGAACAGGCAGCUGGCUGAACAGGAUGGUAUGGAGGAGCAGCAGCAGGAUACCCCGUACAUGGUGACAGCCAGUGGCUCUUCUGUGCACCUCUCUCCUUCAAACUCCGGACUGGCCCGUCGCCGCCAGAGGGACAGCCAGCCUAUGACUGGUCCUGUGUCGGCCUCAGAGCUGCGGAAGCUCUUGGCUCCUCUGGUCAUCGUCGGGGACUGUGCCUGA